CUCCUCAGCCGCCCCAGCGCCCUCGCCUGGAUAGACCUGUCCUUCAACGACAUCACACACAUAGACCCGGUCCUGGUAGAGCUGGAGCAGCUGCGGGUGUUAUAUCUCCAUGGCAACAGCAUCAGCAGGCUGGGGGAGGUGGAUAAGCUGGGGGCGCUGCCAUGGUUACACACACUCACCUUGCACGGCAACACCCUGGAGACAGAGCGGGGAUACAGGGGCUACGUGAUUGCGGCCGUGCCGCAGCUGAAGAUGAUGGACUUCAGCGCGGUGACGAAGCAGGAGCGCCGCAUGGCUCAGAUCUGGCACCAGCCCGCCCACCGCCACAAACCCUCCAAUCACAGCUCAGACAGCUGAGGCCUCCAUGGCAACGGGACACAACAGAAUAAUGCAACAAUAAAGUACACUUCACUGGUGCUCCGUGACUGCCCUGUCCAGUACACUGUG